AUUUCAAUUGUUAUUUAAAUUAUUUACAUUUUGUUUUGUGUGAUAAUAUGUCUCCUAACAAUAACGACAGGACCGAUAAAGCUCAUUGUUAGGUUUGGAAAUUUGCUCUUGCCACAACGGGUCACAUGAAAAGGCAGAUCUACAACUUACUGGGAUGGGAACAAUCCCAUCCAGUAUGGGACCUAACGUUUCCUGGCGUAGAGUCACACCGGGCGCCAUCUUUCUUUUAUCAUCCCUAUUGUAUAUAAAGCAGCGAGGGGCGGCGGUGGCUGGUGCGGCAUUCGUGAGCGUCUGAAGGGUUUCAUUGGAGAUGAAGAAAGAAAGGGUAGUUUCGAGGAAGUGACGGACGACGCUCGGAAGACUGGUCAGAGGAAGUUUGCUCGAUAAUGGUGCCGUGCGGCUGAACGAAACUUUUCCCCCUCUUGAGCGCCAGCGGAGUCGUGGAUCGGGACGGAAGGAUCCAGCAGGGCGGCCGGGGGGAAGCUUUUGUUUCCUCGCCACAUUUGCAGCUCUGAGGAAUAACUUGAGGGCUGGGAGAAAGAAAGAGAGGGUCGCAGAGAAAUUUCAUUCCCUACAACCAACCCCCCCCUUUCCCUCUCCCUAUCCCUCUGUCUUCCCCGUUCUUUUCCCCAGCGCCUCCUGUUUUAUUUUUUAUUUUUCCCUGGGAUUAGCGAUGGGGAAGGAGCAGGAGCUUCUGGACGCGGCGCGCACGGGGAAUCUGGCCGCGGUGGAGAAGCUUUUACCCGGGAAGCGACAAUCCGCAGGCGGAUCGUCGGGGAGCGCAGGAAGCGGCAACAGCAGCGGCAGCAGCCACGGAGCUUCCUCCCAUCCGCUCUCCAGUCUGCUCAGCAUCUGGAGAGGCCCCAAUGUCAACUGUGUGGACAGCACUGGAUACACGCCUCUGCACCAUGCCGCCCUCAAUGGACACAGCGCUGUGGUGGAGGCGCUGCUACGGAAUGAGGCCUUGACCAACAUCGCCGACAGCAAGGGCUGCUACCCGCUCCAUCUGGCUGCGUGGAAGGGAGACGAGCGCAUCGUAAAACUUCUCAUCCACCAAGGACGUUCAAACCCCCAAAUCAACGAGCAGAGCUCUGUAGACCAUAAAGAGUUCAAACGCUGUGGGCCCUUUGACCCCUAUAUUAAUGCCAAGAACAACGACAACGAGACGCCGCUGCACUGUGCCGCCCAGUAUGGCCACACCCAGGUGGUGCGCCUGCUGCUAGACGAACUGACGGACCCCACCAUGAGGAACUACAAGUUCGAGACCCCAUUGGACCUGGCCGCGCUGUACGGUCGUCUGGAGGUGGUCAAGCUGCUGCUCAGUGCCCAUCCCAACCUGCUCAGCUGCAACACUAAGAAGCACACACCUCUGCACCUGGCCUCUCGGAACGGACACCUGCCUGUGGUGGAGGUGCUGCUGGACGCUGGCAUGGACAUCAACUAUGAGACGGAGAAAGGCAGUGCCCUCCACGAAGCCGCCUUGUUUGGGAAGAGAAAUGUGGUGCAGAAACUACUCAGUGCAGGUAUCGAUGUACAUAUUUUUGACCAAAAGGGAUUGACAGCGCUGGACACUGUCAAAGACAUGCCGUCCCAGAAAAGCAGAGAAAUAGCUACACUCAUCCUGGGGCACAAGACUGGAAAACCCCCGGACAUUCAACUGCCUCCUCCGCCCAUUCCUCCACCUCAGGAGAGCCCCAGCCCGAGGAAGAAAGGUAACCUGGACAAAGUGACGGAGCUCAUAUCAGGGCUGGCGCUGGGGCCAGAGGAGGAGAGCCCCUAUGAAGCUCUGUUUGAAGCCACGUCAUGCCACUCUUUAGACAGCCUCACUAGUGGCAAGUCCUCCGACAGGGACUCAGGACGGCCAGACAGUGAAGUUGGCAAGAAAGAUCGUGUUGCCCACUCAUCACAUGUUGCCCCAGGUCAUGAAGAAGAGAUGAGCUCAGAGGCUCUUUAUUUAGGUAGCAGCACGGAUCAGAGGAGAGAGCCAGCAGAGGAGCGGGAGGAUCACACGUACGAGUUGCUGCUGACCGCAGAAACCAAAGUCCCACCGCCCAAUCUGGAGUCCCAGUCCAAUAAAGAUGAGAAUGCCAUUAUACAGUCUUCCAACAGUAUCCUACCUCAGCGCAAGUCCUCUGUGCCCCCCAAUGACCUCAGACCCCCAAGUAAGACGACAGACAGCCUGCACCCUCCUGCCCGGAUCGCUCCACGAGCACCAGGAGAUAACUCCCAGCCAAGCCAGGAUCAGGCAGCAGGUGUCCCAGAGCAGUUCACUGGCCUCUUGCACGGAUCCUCUCCCGUCGUCGACAGCCGUGAGGACGCCUUCAGGCUUCCAGGUGUUCUGCCACCAAACCAAGGCCAGCCGGAAUCGAGGAAACCCGCCAAAGGGAAAGAGGAACCGCCGGCUGCUUCGCGUUCCCCUUGCCGACCCAGCAUGGCUGCCAUCCUGACGGACUGCGAUCCGAAAGCGAUUUACGCCACUGUGAACAAGGAGCCCAGGGACGGCGCGGCGGGAGCAGGAUCUGGCAUCAGGAUGCGCCCUCCGGGCGACCUGAAGCUGGCCCGCAGCCUCUCCAAGUCCGACUCUGACUUGCUCGUGUCGCCUCCCGGUGAGGAGGAAGGGGGGCUGGGGAACCGGAGCGAGUCCGUUUCCAACUGUAGCACCGGCAAAAAGAGACUGGAGAAGUCUCCCUCCUUCACCUCAGAAUGGGACGAGACUCAGAUGUCUUCUUCUUCUUCUUCCCCAAAACAAGGAGGAUCUGACUCCACUGAGAGCAUUGAGAAGAUCAUGACUCUUAUUGGAGCGGGCAUCGAUUUCUCCAGAGAUCAGCAUUAUGAUACUCCAGCAGGUGCUGCAGGCCGGCUGCUGGACCAGCCCGUGGGGGACUGGCUGGAGCACGUGGGGCUGCCGCAGUACGAGAGCAAACUGCUGCUGAAUGGCUUUGAUGACCUCCACUACAUGGGGAACAACGUGAUGGAGGACCAAGACUUGAGGGAGAUUGGGAUCACAGAUCCGAGCCACAGGAAGAAGAUCCUGCAUGCAGCACGCUCCUUACCAAAGGUGAAAGCCCUGGGAUGUGACGGCAGCAGCUCCCUCUCCGCCUGGCUGGAGAAUCUGGGUCUGCACGAGUACCUGCCCAACUUCCUUGCCAGCGGCUACCGCAGCCUGGACUGCGUGAAAAACCUUUGGGAGCUGGAGAUCGUCAAUGUGCUUAAGAUUACUUUGCUUGGUCACAGGAAACGCAUCAUAGCCUCCUUAGCCGAAAGGCCUUAUGAGGAGCCUCCUGUGAAACCUCCGCGGUUGUCUCAGAUCAGGUGUCAGGACCUGCCGGGAUCCCAGACCUCGUCUCCUCUCAGUCACGUGGAGCCCUACAGCGGCCGCUCCAUGGACCUGCUGCUGCCCGCAGCAGAGCCGGGCAGGAAAAAAGCACCAGAAACGGAUUAUGACGUCGCCCAAAGAUAUCAAAGCGGAAGGCAAAAGCCUCAGGAGCGAUAUGAAGAAAUUCAUCAGGAGCCUCGACUGACCUUACGACCUCCAAGUCUAGCAGCAUAUGCCCCUGUCCAGAACUGGCACCACCAGCCUGAGAAACUCAUAUUUGAAUCUUGCGCCUAUGAAGCUAGUUAUCUUGGUUCUAUGCUGAUUAAAGAUCUGAGGGGUAUUGAAUCCACACAGGAUGCUUGUGCCAAAAUGCGGAGAUCCACAGAACAAAUGAGGAAAAUCCCAACUAUCGUUCUGUCGAUCACUUACAAGGGCGUGAAGUUUAUAGACGCAGCAAACAAGAACAUCAUCGCAGAGCACGAGAUCCGUAACAUAUCAUGUGCAGCCCAGGAUCCAGAGGACCUGUGUACGUUUGCCUACAUCACUAAAGACCUGCAGUCCAGUCACCAUUACUGCCAUGUCUUCAGCACAAUAGACGUGAGCCUGACCUAUGAGAUUAUCCUGACGCUGGGCCAGGCGUUUGAGGUGGCCUAUCAGCUGGCUCUGCAGGCCCAGAGGACCAGACAGCAUCAGGGUCUCCCUGCGGGAAGCAGCUCAGACGUCAAUGAAUCCAAGUCCAGUCGACCUGUGCCCAGGCCGCGAGGGAGUGUUCGGAAGUCGGGGGGAGACAUACUGGACCAAGAAGGGGAGUCGCAGCCCCACACCCCUGCCACAUGGCUCGUGGAUCCAAAGGAAUCCAAACGCUCAAUCAGCACUAAGUAUGAGACCACCAUUUUCUAACCGGACCCCCGUUCUCCUCCUCGUCCUCCUCCUUCCUGGGCCUGGCUGUUCCUACUUCCCUCCUCCUGUGUGCCUUUCACUGUGACUCAGCCCUUUCCUUUGCGCUGGACGUCCACUUCCCCUCACCUCCUGACAACACAGCCUGUGACAGCUAACCAGCCUCUGUUGCUCCUUCUCCAAGUUGAACCUUCACCACUUCUACACUCUGCAUUGAUAUCGCAAUCACUCAACAAGUCUGCCACUAACAUAUUCUCCUUUAACUCACCGCUUCCCUUUCUUUCCCCUUCGACUGCAAAUGUACUGUUUUCCUCUCGGUGAUGAGCUCUUUCUUUCCCGCUACAUCAGGCGACGGCCGCUCUGAAGCUUUUUCGCUCUGAUCUUUCCAUCGUUUGACUUCACUGAGUGCUGAGAAAAAUCUGAGAACCCACCCGCUGUGCUCAUCCCAUUCCUGGAUGGAUGUUUCCGGAAGAAAACUGUGGAUCUGCUCUCCUAACUCUAUGCAUCCAUCAGGCUUUAGCAGGCUGCUCCUCUUUCGUGGGAGUGCGAGUGUUUGGGAGGUUUAUUACUAUUAGCCGCUUGCUUAAAACCAUGCUGAGUUCUUGUAGCACUGUGAGGAGCUCGUUUAGAGGGGAUUUGUUCUUAGAAAGAGGACAUGACACACGUCCAAAUCAACGUGCCUUGCAGAAGUGUUGACCUCAUGCUAUUUUUUUUUUAUACACUUUUUGUUAAGUUGCAAAAACAAACUUCAAUGUUUGUUUUAUUGUGCAUUUAUUUGUUGAAAACCAAUAUAGAGUUGUGCAUAACUGAUCAAAGAGGCAUGUUCUCAAUUUGUUUCCUAAUUACAAUCUGAAAAGAGUUGCAUGUGUUUGCAUUGAGAUUUUAUAUUGUAGCUCAAGCUCAGAUUGGAUGAACUCCAUCUAUGAACUUUUCUUUGAUAUGCCAUUUACUGUGUCCCCUAUAUUGCUUCUAAGUAGAGCUUUAUGUGUAAAAGUUGUCUAUUUAACAUUAUCUUCCCACCUGAGCUGUGUACCUCUCCAACUCCUCCAAAGUUACAACUGACUUCCUGUCACUUUAGGUCAGCUCUAACAAGCUUUCUUGUACCUCCUAAAUAAAAGCUUCUCCGUGGCCUGAUGCUAGUUGAGUAAAAGUCUCUGAAAAGACGUUGAGGUUUUAAGAUGACAACAUUUUAAACUUAUGUGUGAAUACUUUUGCAAGGUACUGUAUAUUUGGACUGUUAUGCUCUAAUUUGUCCAAUCAGAGCAAAAGGGUGCAGCCAGAUGAUUUUUCUACAGUGAACUGACAGUAAUUAAGCACUUUUACCAUUUUUUUGGUAUAAAAAUAACAGCAUUUCCUCUGUGUAGCUCUCCCUUCUUUUCUUCUUUUCACAACAAAUGCCUUCAGUAUUCAUCCUGUUUGCAUUGCCUUUCUGUAAUAUUGCCAAUGAUACUUGUUAAAUACAUUGCUGCUGGAAAAAAAAAGAGUUAAGCAUUACAUAAAGGGAGGAACAGUUUGUGUGAA